AUGUUAAAGUCAUUAAAGAUAUUUAAAUCGAGAAAGGAUAACAUUUGUGCGAAACCUGGUUGUAAUAAUCAAGUUAAGAGGGAAAAGAAUGGAACUGUACUAAAUUAUUGUAGUACAAGCUGUCAAAUGAACAAUUAUGCUCCCGGUUCAGAAUAUGAAGAAGAAUCUUGGGAACCACCAACUUAUACUCCUGAAGCCAAUACUUCAAAUCAAUGGGGAGUUUGGACUCCUGAUAAUAGUAGACCUCCUCCAUAUGCUUUCGAAGAUGAUGAUAUUUUUGCCACUAAUGAUAGAAUUCAAGUUACACCCCUUUGGGAACCUGAUGAUGCCCCCCCUUCACCUUUGUCGGUGUCUCGUCCUAAUCCAACUGAUGAUUUUCCAAUUUGGUUGGGAGCUUCGGUUGACCCACUAUGGGUUCCUCCUUCAAGUGAUAACAAUCAUUCAAGAUAUUCGUCAUCUAAUCUUACUCCUCGAUCAACCACUCCUUCCGAUGAUGAAGAGAUUCAAUGUCCCGCGUGUACUUUUUUUAUCCGUCCAAAUAAGACCGUUUGUGAAAUGUGUGGUACAACCAUAACUAGGCUUGAACCAAAGAAAAGUCAUUAUAAAUCAAAAUCUACAAUUACAAGUUUUCGUGAUUUAUACGAAGAGGAUGAGAAUGAAGAACCCUUAAAUCCAUUCGCGGAUCCUAUACCUCCUUUACCAAGGCGAAAUAAUAAUCAUUCUUCCUCUUCAAAUAAGAAUGAUAGAUCAAAUAAUUCUAACAAAACGAAUAACUAUGAAAGAUCAAAUUAUUAUGAUUAUUCGGAUUAUGAUUUCUUUAAUCCACGUCCGUCACCUCCAAAUGACGAACUUUGGAUUGAUGAUUAUGAGCCCACAUCAAAUCGUAGAUCAAGACCACCUCCAGAGCCUAUACAACAUAAUUACAGAAACACGAGGGAAUAUUCAAGACGUAAUGUGCAGAAUCCGCAAAAACCGCCUACACCUCCUCCAAACGAUAAUGAGAUUACAUGUUCAGCGUGUAACUUUAAUAAUCAUCCUUCCAUGACUCAUUGUGAAAUUUGUUACUCACAAUUAAUCAAGUCACCACCGCCGGAACAAAAAAAUAGAACAACAGCGGGAGGGAGGUUUAAUCAACUAGAAACACGGGCAAAAAAAGCAUGCUCGGCCUGUUCUUAUUAUAAUGAUGCUGAUAGUGUCCAAUGUGAAAUGUGUUAUUCUCCUAUCGCUGGGGUUGCUCGUAAAACCACUUUCAACCUACCUUCGUUAUUUAAACAUGAUGUUAAUAUGACGCAAUGUCCAACUUGUACAUUCAUGAAUCAUCCUUCGAUGCCACAAUGUGAAAUGUGCCGAAACGAAUUACCGGGAUCAAAUGCUGCACUACAACAAUUGCAAUUUCAACAAUAUCUUGAUAAUUUACCUGGACCCGCAACCAAAAUAUUUAACCUGCCAUUGGACGACCAUGAUUAUAUGGCUACACAGCAAGUAUCAUUGUCAAAAAAACUAUACGCACAAUUCUUCAAAGUUGGACUUCCAAACGCGCGUAUUUUAGCAAUUUUUAGAGUGAUUAUGCCAGCGAGAUUAAUUCAAGCACAUGAAACAUACAAGAAACAAAUUUCUGGUAAUCAGCCAGCAAAUAACGUCACUCAUCGAAUGUUUCAUGGAACUCAAGUUGUUUGUGACGCGACUCGACUUUAUGGAAAUGCCGAAUGGAAAUUUUGUGCUGCGGUUAAUUGUGGAUUAUGCGGUAUUGCUCAAAAUGGAAAUAGUUGCGCAAAAUCGAAACACGGUGGAAGAAUGUGGUUUGCGAACACUUCACAAACUUCUUUGGGAUAUUGUAGAACAGAUCCAAUCAAAGCCAUGUUUGUUCUUGAUCUCAUAUCAGCAACUGGAGCAGCUAAUGGAAUUAUUAUUGUCGAUAAAGAAGCGCAUAGAGAGAUACCAUCGCAGAGAAUCUUGAGCGAGUUAAAUGACAAUUUACAAAUUGUAUCUUAUUGGAGAUACGCGUUGGGGAUCCAAAAAUUCAUCCGUCAGGCAAUUUAA